CGUUGACGCUACCGCUAGAAACCGACAUAUUCCAACGAAAGGCGUCCAGCCAUGGAAGAGAUCAAGUGUGAUGGAAAGGAGAGCAUCGGUGCCACUGGUAAAAAUGACAACAGCGAUAAUCAGUUAAUUGAUUCCCAAUUCGACGAAAACGUCAACCUCGAAAGUCAACGCGACCAAGAUUUUACUCCACGCAGCAUUUUAGAUGGAGGAGAUAUUUCACACGAAGUCGGGAAUGGCGACAUUUUGGACACAGAAAAUGGGAAGUCGCUCACUAGUGACAAUUUGGACACAGAAAAUGGGAAGUCGCUCACUAGUGACAAUUUGGACACAGAAAAUGGGAAGUUGCUCACCAGUGACAUUUUGGACACAGAAAAUGGGAAGUCGCUCACCAGUGACAAUUUGGACACAGAAAACAUGAAGUUGCUGACGAGUACUGAAAAAGAAGAUGAAUUACGCAGUUCGGAAUCAGAGAUUGCCAAAGGAACCGAGGAUCUGCUUACAGAGCUGGGAAACCCGGGCAAGUUUGUCAUCUGUCAAAUCCUGCUGCACUUCCUGUGUGUGUUCGGAAUGAGUAGCCCGGCGCUCAUCUAUGUCUUCAUUGGUCAGUUCAAAAAAUUAUCCGUUUGUCUCGCUUUGUCUUUGUUAGGUUAUAUCGUAUUGUAAAUGGCAACGUGUUCCUAUGGGAUUGUCGUUCCCUUUCCCGUCUAAGCCUCUCAGUUGCAUUAAGUAUUCCUUCUGUGUAUGUAUACUUGUCUAUCCAAAUUUCAGGAUCGUAAUAGAUUUUUUUGUAAGCUGUGAGAUCUAAGCGAUAUAAUCACCAUAGCACAUGAAUCAAUCCUAAAUAAGCAUUAUAAUUUAGAUUGUAGUAUACCCUUUGAGCUUCGAGAUUUUGAGCACUCAUGGGGCAGCGACAUAUUGUGCUCCUUUGUAAAGAUGAUAUGAAAUAACAUAAUGAUAGUGUAGGUCUUUGUAAAGAUACUGCAAAACAAUAUAUUUUACUCCUUAGUAAAAAUAAUACAAAUACAAUAUUGUUACAUUCAGGUUACGAGCCUCCACACAAAUGUCGAAAGAUGACCAACGAGUCCACAUACUUAGCGAGCUACGAGCUCCCCAACUCUUCAGUACAUCUUGUCUAUGACACAUGCUCUAUUUCCGUUGUUAGAAAUUCCAGCGGGGAAGUUCAGACUGUGGAUACCAUUGGAUGUAUCCAAGGGAAUGAUUAUGGAGGGCAACAGCACAUCUCUUUUGUGGCAGAGGUAGGGUAA